GGAGAAGAUACAAACGUUUCACUGACUAUAGCUUAAUUGAAUAUUUAUUUUUAUUACACAAGUAAACGCUUGUACUGGUAGCAGUUAUAUGAAGAGAUCUGAAGAAAUUUGAAAAUGUUAUACUUAUGUCUAAGUUAUCGUUGAUAAUAUGCUUAGUCUAUUCCUGAUCAUGGUGCAGAAACCACCAACACCUAUUCACUUAGUCAUAAACACGAGACGGUUUCAUAACUGUAGCAACUAUAGCUAACUGCCAGCACGAUUCGUUCGUGGUUUGCGGCUCCUCAUCAACUAUAUUUUCUCGAUCUUCAUCAACUAUAAUUAAGGAACUACGGUAACAGUAUCUCGCAUUCUGUAAAUUGUAGGGAACAAUUUCAGAAGUAUCAGUUACUUAAUAUCUUGGUGCAAACUUUGCGUGAGUGCGUCCUCAGUAGAUUAAUUUGGUGUUUACUAUUCAAGUCAAUACAAUCAUGAAUCAUUUGGAUGAACGCAGCAGACGACAUAGUUUUCAGUAGUAAAAAUAUAAAAUUGUAAUUUUAGAUCGCGGUGUACACGCGUGGCAUCUUCGACCCCUCUUCAAUCUUUCUAUUUUUUUCUGUCAUCUCUUUUUUUCAAUGCUAAAAAAUGUUAUAAGCACAUUAAUUUUUUAUAAAAUUUUAAAGAAUCUAUCAAUGUGAUAUAUAAUUUACAUAAUUCUUCUUGCUUGAAAGUUAUUUAUUCUUUAACUCAGUUGCGAAAAAAAAACAACUAAUCAAAUGUAACACAUUAGUGAAUUUAUAGUUUAUUGUUGCAAUGUAUAUUUUAUUUUAAGUCAUAUACUAUAUAAAGUGAUGCAGUGUAGUGUAACUGAUCAGAAAAAGAAGCAGAGCACGUACAUCACACAAAAGUCAAGAGAGCAGGGAAAGGGAAUAGGGCUGCAGGCAGCCUGCAGAUAGCUGACGUGUAGACAUCAGCCGAUGUUUGGCAGCACGCGUCAAUGCUUAGCAGACAGCUGGAUCUGGUAUUGUUUGUACUGAAAUUGUUAUGAGAUCUAGUACAGUUUUGUAUUUUAAAUAGUUUGGAAAAAAGAAAAAUGUGAUUUAGGUGUGCAAUAUUUUGUACUUAGAAGAAAACCAAACUGUUAAAAGAGUAUGCAGUUAGUAUGGAGGAGUUUCCACCGAGGGCGCUGAUUGCUGCUGGUAUUGUUGGAACGCAGCUUAGGCAUUUAGAUCAAUAAGUAAAAAAUAGUAUUGAGGUAUGUAGGUAACCAAAUCAUUGAUCAAAAUAAUAAUAUUACAAUGACAAGUGAAGACCUCUUACAACCUGGCCAUGUUGUCAAAGAACGUUGGAAAGUUAUGAAAAAAAUUGGAGGAGGAGGGUUUGGAGAAAUCUAUGAAGGUUUAGACCUAAUUACAAAAGAACAGGUUGCGUUAAAGGUUGAAUCAGCAAGACAACCAAAACAAGUUUUAAAAAUGGAAGUAGCAGUCUUAAAAAAGCUUCAAGGAAAAGAACAUGUUUGCCGAUUCAUUGGUUGUGGGCGAAAUGACAGGUUUAAUUAUGUAGUAAUGCAACUACAAGGUAAAAAUUUAGCUGAACUACGACGUGCCCAACCAAGAGGAGCUUUUUCUUUAUCAACGACUCUACGCUUAGGUCUUCAAAUACUCAAAGCAAUAGAAAGUAUUCAUCAAGUGGGCUUUCUUCACAGGGAUAUAAAACCAUCAAAUUUUUCCAUUGGACGACAUCCACAUCAAACAAGAAUGGUUUACAUGUUAGAUUUUGGUUUAGCUCGUCAGUUUACCACAGGAACUGGAGAAGUUAGACCACCAAGAACGGCUGCAGGUUUCAGAGGUACUGUCCGUUAUGCAUCAAUUAACGCGCAUAAAAAUAAGGAAAUGGGAAGACACGAUGAUUUGUGGUCACUGUUUUAUAUGCUUGUUGAAUUUGUAAAUGGUCAACUUCCAUGGAGGAAGAUUAAGGAUAAAGAACAAGUGGGCUUGAUGAAAGAGAAUUAUGAUCAUAAAUUAUUACUCAAACAUCUUCCAUCUGAUCUUCGAGUAUUUCUAGAGCAUAUUCAGAAUUUAGAAUAUGCAGAUCCACCAGACUAUGUAAUGUUAGCUGGAUUAUUUGAAAGAUGCAUACAACGAAGGGGUAUACAAUCAAGUGACCCGUAUGAUUGGGAAAAACCGAUUGCAACAAAUGAGGGUUUACCAACCACAAAAUCAUUACCAACAGUAACUAUUCCACCAGCAAUUACAACAGCAACCACUAUUAAUCAGCUUCCUACGGUACCGAAUAUUGACACGAACAACCAAGAAAACGUUGAACCAGAUAAUAAAAAAGAACUUGAAGCUCAAAUGGAUUAUGAAAGUAUGUGUCGAAGAAAUCGAUCGCGGAGAAUUGAAGGUUCUAAUAUCCCAUUCAAUACAACAAUUAGUAAUCAUGGCAAAGACAAAAAUUGCAACUCUACCAUACCAAUUACGGAUAAUACCAGACUUCAUAUUGAACAGCAAGCUAUUACAAUACCAGCACCAACAAUUCAAGAAUCACCAAAAAAACGGCGUGCAGUUUCAAUGGCUACGAUGGCUAUUGAAACGCAGAUUUCUACUACUACAGCACAAAAACAGAUAGACAACGAAGGCGACGCUUUAAUGGCAAGUGUACGUUCCGCCUCAGAAAUGCAGCGAGCUAAAACUACUAUGAAUGUAGCUCCACCUCUAAGGAAGUCGGCAAGCGGUGCUACUUUUGCAAAAUUAAAAGUGAUGACCACGUCGGAAACCGCUCCUGGAGAAUCCUCUAGCCCAAGAGUACAGCAUGAUAUUGAUGCUUCUUACUGUUCUUAUGAUCUUACGAACACGAAAAAUUUGGGAAAUCAUAGCCCAGUAACGGAACAGCGAGAAACGCUACGGCGAGAACCGAAACGGAGAUCGGAAUGUCGACAACAAAUUAGAGGCAAUAGAGCAAUGGCUCGUGAUUAUUCUAUUACACAAUUCGCUCAAAUCGAUGAUGAUAAUGUCUCAGUUCUGCAACAAGUAACACGAGGUGGCGGCGGUUUGACGCUUGCUUCACAAUGGAAGUCACAAUUCGACGAUUCGGAAGAAACAGAUAAUGAAUGGAAGGCUGAACACCUUCAGAGUCCUGAACAUAAAGGAAACCACGCAUCUUCGUCAAUGCCUGAGCCGCUCUUCUGCAAACAGGAAUCCGCUAUCUACUUUGGGAAAACAAGUAAAUGCAGAUUGUCGAUCACAUUCGGAAAGUCAACUGCAGUAAAUGAUGUUGCUGUACCAGUCAUCUCUCUUCCUCAAUUAUCAGAAGAAACUAAUAUUGGAACAGUACCGCACUCGUAUACAGGUUCAGCUCAAUUAUUGUUACCACAAGCCCAGUCCGGAAAAAAUAUUUUGUCUCGUAUCAAUGAAAAUUUGCCGAAACCUAUUUCUUCAUCAAGAUGUCUUAAUAUUACUGGCAUUGAAAAAUACCCUGAACUUCAAAGAGGUUUACCAAGAGCAUGGAGUGUUCCAGCGCUUGCGCCGCAUGUUCGUAUUCAUUUAGAACCGCCAUUGAUUCAGCAAGCUGCCUUUGAUGAUUUAUUAUAUAAAGUCGACGUAAUGAGGAAUAUAGCGACACGGUACGAUGAACUAAAGCAAACUCCUAAACCAAGGAGAGCAAGUGUUCCGGUCAUGUAUUUCGGUCAGCAAGGUUUUCCAGUCACGCCUGUUACCGAUGAAGAAGAGCAAGCUGUUGCGGCUAGACUCGAAAUCCGACUAGUUAAUACAACUGAAGGUACUACGGUUGUACAAACUACUGCUGAUAAGGAACCUAUCCAAAAAAAAUGUAUAAACGGAAUUUUUAGUAGUCCUGCUACUCUAAAUCUUGGACCUGACGAGCAAUCAGUUUACUAUGACGCCAUAGAAAAUCGUGUUUUAACUCAUAGUAAUGCAAAUACAAUUACUGCAACAACAGAUAUUCCAACAGGAGUAUCUACAGCUAUACUAUGUUCUGGGGUCAAAGAAACCAAAGAUAAAGAAUCGAUAAAUAAAUUUCAUAGUGGCUACAGCAAAAUACCUGUGCCAGUGAGAAGUCCCAGAUGCUCUUUAUCCGAAUCCACUCUAGAAACCAAUACAGUCAACUCGAAAACUUAUGCAAGUGGUGAUCCUAACAAAGCAUUAUUUACCAAUAUAUUGGCUAAAGAUAAUGAUUCAACAUCAAGAUUACUUUGGCCGCAGUCAACUGAUGGAGGACUGUUUCUACGACGAUGUGCUACCCUGCCAGACGCCCGACCAAAUCUAGUUAGCAGUAUGACAUCUGUGAGUUCAACUGAAGAGGAUAAUCUUAUGGGCUGUACACCAGCAUUACGCCGUCGACGACAAAGCGAGAAGUAUACGAGAGAUAUGAGCCAGUUGAAUUUUAGGUUUCAAAGGCCUCAACAGCAACGAACGAGGCCCAAUUCGGAAAUACUACCUCGCUUCUAUGCACGUGGCGUACCUUCUCAUCUAAUUGAUGAAAUAGCUAAACAACCGACAGAAAGCAGUGACAACGACUCUGACAGUUGUAACGGUUUAGCCAUAAAAACCUCAGAUGAGCCACCAUCCCUGCCGCCACCACCAUGUUGUCUCCCACCUCACACUGCCGAAAAUAACGCAAGGUGCCGAAGGUUCAGACCUAUUCCAGAUGUCGCAAUAAUCAGCAAAGAAACGUGAGGCUUAGCGAUUACAAAAAAAAUUAUAAUGCAACUCACAAUUCUGUAAUAAUCAGAAAAAACUUCCUAAUGCCAACUAUUUAUGUGAUGCUUUGUCCAAAGUCAAGAGUUUCUACAAUGCAUUUUAUAUCAGAAAUAAUUU